CUUAUGACAAAAAUUUUGCCCUUCCUUAUUCCUUAUAUUCUUAGCAACAGUAACAGUAAAACUGAAGUGAAUCACGAAAAUUUGCUUCAUUUCAACAAAAACUUGUUUUCGAACCCUCAGUCUUGAGAACAAUGCAAAGAUAAUGUUUUAAAUACUUUGUAGUUCAAAUUUUACUUUAGUUUUUAAUUUUGUACUGGAAUACCUUUAUGAGAUUAGUACCUAAUGAUGGUUACCCACGAUUAGUCAUUUUUAUUUGCUAUUUAUCAACGUUAUCAUUCAGUGUAGCCGCUACCGUAGUGCCGUGAGGUGACGGAGAAAAUAUUAUUAAAAAUAAUGGGUGUUAACAAACUCAUUCUGAAAAUUGUUUUGGACUUUUUCGUCAUCUGUGCUUUGGGUUUCAUCUUGCUAUCAGUAUGGCUAUGGGUUGAGCCGUAUCACCGUGGCUACUUCCAAGAUGACUACUCUAUUCGUCUGCCGUACAAAGACGAGGCGAUAUCUGCCGGGCUUUUGGCUGGACUGGGGUUUGCCUUGAAUAUCAUUACGGUAAUCAUAAUCGAAGUGAUCCGAUACAGACGCGGCAAGAGCGCCGAAGAGAAGUACGUAUGUGGAACUUUUAUACCCGGAUGGAUCUGGGAGAGUUAUGUCACCAUAGGAAUAUUUACCUUCGGCGCCGCUUGCCAGCAGCUAACAUGUAAUCUGGCUAAGAAUGUCAUCGGGAGGCUACGACCACAUUUUUUUGACGUAUGCCGACCGGUCCCCACGAACUCUGAAUUGAAUCUGCUGGGGUACAUCGUAGACUACACAUGUAAUGGUACAUCUGACGCAUCCAAACUUAAAGAUAUGAGGCUCUCAUUCCCAAGUGCACACUCUAGCUUCGCUAUGUACAGCGCUAUAUUCUUCAUAUUAUACAUCCAAACAAAAGGCAAGUGGAGUGGGUCAAAACUCAUCCGUCACGUUUUACAAUUUGCUGUUCUGAUGGCCGCAUGGUACGUGGGCCUGUCGCGUGUGGUCGACCAUAUGCAUCAUUGGGGCGAUGUAGCUGCUGGGUUCGCAGUGGGCAGUGGUUUUGCCUUUGUUGUGUUUACGUUCGUCCUGAAACCAAAGAAGUAUGGUCUGCCGACAUCCUGGGAAGACAGGGACGCAGAGCUGGCUGGGUUGCCGAGAUAAAAUCUUGAGUUCAUCGAACUUCAUCUUUUGGCUGCGUUUUCAUUUAAGUUUGUACACCGUAGUUUUAAUUAAAUCUUGCAGUGACAUAUACGGGUGUCCCAAAAAUAUUGUCCUCCUUAUCAAAACUGAUGUAAUCGACAUUUUUAACGAUAUUGAGUUAUUAAUAUAUCUGGGAUCCGCGAAACGAUUUCUAUAACCCCCUCUAAUCGGUAUUUAAUAUCUUAUUUACUUUCAGUUUUUUACUAGCAAAAAAAACUUUAAGUACUAAUCUCUCGAAAGUUACCGAAAAGCGAUAGUUAUAAUAGUUAGGUCAAGGAGGACAGAAUAGCUGGUGUUAUAUUACGUUUAUGAAAAUGUAAUUUAUGUUACGAAUCUUAUGAAGAAUAUUGAUAGACUUAACAUUAAUACAAAGAACAAAAAAUAGACUGGCAGCUAGUAUAAGAUCGAAAAUUUGCUGUUUAUGAAGUUUAAAACUAUUGUGAGUAAGAACUUUAGCUUCUGCGUACUUGGAUGAUAAAAAUCCAUGGAAAAUAUCUUCAGUUCUUUCUGAUUACUGUAA